AAAAGUACCAACAUUUUGAGGUUAUGUCGAAAACAAUUUAAAUUGUUUUAAAUUCCAUUUACAGUUGAAAUGGAGACUUUGAAAUAUUCCGUCGCUUACCCGGCGCACAAGAAGCCCCCUCUGGUAAAAGUCCACGAUUGUGAAAUUUGCCCAUACGUUACGACAUCGUUUUUUCUGAUGAUGAACCACAUUCGCCGUCAUCAGUCUCCCUUGGUAUCUUUUAUCUGUGAAAACCCCCUUGAUUCUUACCACUGCAAAGACUGCGAUUUCCAGACCCAACUAACAUUGGUUUUCAAGCAACAUAUUAAAGACCGUCAUGGAAUGAAACAAGAAAACGACGACGAUUUGAUUGUACAACACAACAUUCAAAAGUACGUUUGUGGAAAGUGCGGCUUCGAGACGCAUUUUUCGCUUAAAUGGUUACGUCACAUGAGAGAGAGUCAGCGAUGUUCUUAUAAAACUAAAAAACAACCAAAUUUGAAACAGCAUAUUCAGCGUCAUCACAUGGGCAAAUUUGACGCCAAAUGGUAUGAAUGUGAACAGUGCUCAUUUAGAUUUAAACGCAAGGCAUAUUUGAGAAGACACUUUUGUCAUAUCAACGAAAAGGACGCCAAGUGGUAUGAAUGCCAACAUUGUCCAUUCAAGACUAGAUAUGUUGCGAACUUAAAGAGGCACGUGAAGGUGCGGCAUUUGAAAGAAGACGAAAUCACGUGGCACCAGUGCAAUGAGUGUUCCUUCAGGAGCAAAUCAAAAAGCAGUUUGAAAAGUCACAUUAACACACAACAUCUGGACGACCAGAACGCGAAAUGGUACGAAUGCAAACAGUGCCCAUUUAAAACUAAAUGUUACAAAUCUAUAACCAGACAUGUGAACACUUGUCAUUUGGACGAGAAGGACCACAAGUGGUACGAAUGCCAACAUUGUCCAUACAAGACUAGAGAGCGUUCGAUCUUCAAGGGACACGUGAAGAUGCAGCAUUCGAAUGAGGAAAGUAUCAUGUGGUAUGAGUGCAAGGAUUGUCAAUUUAAGACCAAAUAUAGGGGUAGUUUACAGCACCACGUGAAUGUGCGGCACUUGAGAGGGGAAGAUAUCACGUGGUAUCACUGCAAGGAGUGUCCAUUUAAAACCAAAUACGGGUAUACUUUACAGAACCACGUGAAUGUACAGCAUUUGACAGGGGAAGAUAUCACGUGGUACCAGUGCGAGGAGUGUCCAUUUAAAUCAAAACACCCGGCGCUUUUACGGAAACACGUGAAUGUGCGACAUUUGAACGGACGCGGCAUUAAAUGGUACAACUGUGACAAGUGCCAGUACAAAACCCAGUAUCGCUCAUCUCUAAAGAAACACAUUAUUGCGCGGCAUUUGAACGAAGACCAGUUCGAGUGGUUCCGGUGCAAUGACUGUCUUUUCAGGAGCAGAACAAAAAAAACUUUGAAAAGUCACAUUAACGCACAACAUCUGGACGACCAGAGCGCGAAAUGGUACGAAUGCAAACAGUGCCCAUUUAAAACUAAAUGUUACGAAUCUGUAACCAAACACGUGAUCGCUUGUCAUUUGGACGAAAAGGACCGCAAGUGGUACGAAUGCCAACAGUGUCCAUACAAGUCUAGAGAUCGUUCGAAUUUAAAGAGACACGUGAGAACCCGUCAUUCGAAUGAGAAAAGUAUUAAUACAUGAACUGUCCAUUAAAACAAAACGAACAAACAAAAAUGUAAGGUGACCCAAGAUGCAGUAAAAUUUAAACGCAUAGAUGAAAAUGAUAUCAAGUUUUAGGAGUGCGAAAAAUGUACUUUCAAAACUAAGGACAAAAGUAAUUUGAAAAGCCAUGUGUGUAAUCUGAAUUUUACAUGCAGUAGUCAAGUGUAUGAUAUCCAUGGUUCAAUAUAGUUUGGAGUAUAGAUGACUUCUUUAAUGCGAAGAUGCGACUAAUCCGACGGGGACCUGACAACUUUUUGUUCAGAAACAUACAUGAUUGUAAGAAAAUACGCACGAGUUAACCGAGUAAGGUGUCUAUUUCAUACAGAAAUAGGUUUAUCGAUUUUCCUGUUUAUCAGUAUUAGGAUUUUCCAACUUUGAUAUUCCAAUUUCUUCCUUUUAACUUCAAUUUUGGGAUUUUUCGAUUUUUUGAUUUUUCCAUUUUCGAAUUCACGACUUUUCAAUAUUUCGU